AUGUCGUCGACAGUAGCCACUACCCACCCCUCGCUCUCGGUUGUGUCCACCCCGCAAGCCCCAGCUGCUAUCGGGCCAUACUCACAGGCAAUCAAGGUCGGGGACCUGUUGUUCUGUUCGGGGUGCAUCCCUCUGGACGCGUCUACGAUGCAAGUCGUCGAGGGGGGUGUAGUGGCGCAGACUGAGCAGGCGCUGAAGAACCUGAAAGCUGUCGUUGAGGCGGGAGGAUCGGAGUUGGGCAAGGUUGCUAAAACUACGGUGUUCUUGAAAUCGAUGGAUGACUUUGUGGCUGUCAAUGGGGUUUACGCCAAGUUCUUUGGCGAGCAUAAGCCUGCGCGGUCGGCUGUGGAAGUCGCGAGGUUGCCGAAGGACGUCCUUGUUGAGGUUGAAUGUAUUGCGAGCUUGAAGUAG